AUGGUUCUCACCCACACAACCAACCACACAUACUCUCACCCAUUUCCCACCGUAACACUUGCAUUCUUCCUCCGCUACUGCUCGCCGCAGCUCAACCCUUUUGCGGCCCAUGUCCUCAGUACCGAUACAAUCUCAAGCCACGUUGAUGCCGAUGGCAGGCUACACACAACUCGCAUCCAUCUAAAAAAGUCACGUUUGCCUGGGGCCGUCUUCAAGUUACUUCCAACAAGCAUCACCGGUGGCGGGUCGAACAACAAGGCCUCCUAUGUUCUCGAGACGAGCAUCGUGGACAUACGGGAAGGCUGGAUGAAGACUGAGAGUCGAAACCUCAACUUCGUCGGAGUUUUGUCUGUCGUGGAGAAGCAGACAUACACCACACCGACUGAGGCAAACAACAAUGCGACCACUACCAACGUCGAAACAAACGUCGUCUUCCGGUCUAGGCUUGGAGAGAAGCUUAGGGAGAAGAUCGGACAGUCACAGCAGCAGCAAGAGCCUCGGGAAGGCUGGUUCUCGCGUCUUGGGACUAAAGGCAUUCAGCGGAGCAUCGAGAACAUGGCAUCUACCAAGACGUUGGAUCAGCUCGGCAAGAGUCGCGAGGGUAUGUUGGUAGUGCUCGAGAGGUUGCGUAAUACCGGCCUCGUCAACAUAAUCGAGCUCACCAGAAGAGCCAAGGAAGCGCAGUCCGGCUCAGCUUGA